AUCGCAAACCGAGGAGAAAUUGCAUGCAGAGUGAUGCGAACAGCAAAGAAAAUGGGUGUGAAGUCUGUAGCAGUUUACAGUGAAGCAGACAGAAAUUCCAUGCAUGUAGCAAUGGCAGAUGAAGCAUAUUGCAUUGGUCCAGCACCCUCACAGCAGAGUUACUUGGCCAUGGAGAAAAUAAUGCAGGUGGCCAAGGUCUCAGCAGCACAGGCUAUUCAUCCAGGUUAUGGUUUCCUCUCAGAAAACACAGAGUUUGCAGAGUUAUGCAAGCGAGAGGGAAUCAUCUUCAUAGGUCCGCCUUCAUCUGCUAUCAGAGAUAUGGGGAUUAAGAGCACUUCCAAAGCUAUAAUGUCUGCUGCUGGCGUUCCUGUUGUUGAAGGUUAUCAUGGAGAAGAUCAAUCGGAUGAGUGUCUAAAGGAACAUGCCAAGAGGAUAGGAUACCCAGUAAUGAUUAAAGCUGUUCGCGGAGGUGGAGGAAAGGGCAUGAGAAUUGCUCACUCAGAAAAGGAGUUUCUGGACCAACUAGAAUCAGCUAGGAGAGAAGCAAAGAAGUCUUUCAAUGAUGAUGCAAUGCUGAUUGAGAAAUUUGUAGAUAAUCCAAGGCAUGUUGAAGUCCAAGUAUUUGGUGACCAGCAUGGCAAUGCAGUCUAUUUGUUUGAAAGAGAUUGCAGUGUGCAAAGAAGACAUCAGAAGAUCAUUGAAGAGGCACCAGGGCCAGGAAUUAAUCCUGAAGUUCGAAAGAGACUUGGAGAAGCUGCUGUCAAAGCAGCUAAAGCAGUGGAUUAUGUCGGAGCAGGAACAGUGGAGUUUAUUAUGGACUCCCAACAUAACUUUUACUUCAUGGAGAUGAAUACCAGACUGCAAGUAGAGCACCCAGUUACAGAGAUGAUCACUGGAACAGACUUGGUGGAAUGGCAGCUUAGGGUUGCAGCAGGAGAGAAGAUUCCCCUAAGGCAGGAAGAGAUUCUGCUCCGAGGCCAUGCAUUUGAAGCUAGAAUAUAUGCUGAAGACCCUAACAAUAACUUCAUGCCAGGGGCUGGGCCAUUGUUGCACUUAUCCACUCCACCACCUGAUCGUUUCACCAGGAUAGAAACUGGAGUCAGACAAGGUGAUGAGGUUUCUGUUCAUUAUGAUCCAAUGAUUGCAAAGCUAGUUGUUUGGGCCGAGGAUCGUCAAGCAGCACUGAGAAAGUUGCGAUACAGUUUGCAUCAAUAUAAUAUUGUUGGGUUAAGCACUAAUAUUGAUUUCUUGCUGAGCCUGUCAGGACACCCGCAGUUUGAGGCUGGAAAUGUGCACACUAAUUUCAUUCCUCAACACCAUGAUGAACUCUUUCCAACCAAAAAGGCAACUCCACAUGAAGUUAUAUGUCAGGCAGCUCUAGGACUCAUACUGAAAGAGAAAAUGCUAACAGAUGCUUUUAGAGAUCAGUCAGAUGAUAAAUUCUCACCGUUUGCAUCCAGCACUGGCAGAAGAAUUAACAUGUGUUAUACUAGAAACAUGUCUCUGUUGGAUGGGGAAGACAUUGUGGAUGUAGCUGUAAGUUACAAUCGAGAAGGGUCGUACAACAUGCAGAUUCAAGAUAAAACAUUCCUGAUUUCUGGAGAGAUCUUCAAUGAAGGUGAUUCAGUUUACUUGAGGUCUUCAGUAAAUGGAACAGUGUGUAAGUCCAAAUUGGUCAUUUUGGACAACACCAUUUAUCUCUUCUUUCCGGUGUUUGUGAAAGCAGGGGAUAAGGUUCAGAUUGGAGACCCUCUAAUGGUUAUGAUAGCUAUGAAAAUGGAGCAUACCAUAAGGGCUCCAAAGGCAGGAGUGAUAAAAAAGGUUAAUUUCCAAGAAGGUGCCCAGGCCAACAGACAUGCUGCGCUGGUUGAAUUCAUGGAUGAAGAGGCUGAAGCAAAAUAACAUUCAAGGAAGGUGCACUUUAUUUUUUCUACUCUGCUGAUUUUUCUCUCAGGAGAAGGUUUCUUUGUAUUUUCAGCAAACUGUUUUGUAUAAUAGAUUGGGGAAUUGUUUCCUCUGCAUUUUCUGCAUAGUUUGGCUGUAAAUUAUGCUGAGUUUACUGAAAUUUGGAUAUCACUAUACUGUAAUUGUAUAUGUAACUUGUGGACCUAUGUGAUUGUUGUUCAGUGGUUACGUUUGCCUGUGAAAAG